UGGCAAAUAUAGCAUGUGAUAUCUGUGUGUUUACGGCGGCUCAUAAGCAUCAUGAUGCCGUUCAUUUCACUCUCUACCCCAUCCAUCCAAACGCCAUGUCUGCCGCAAAGCAAUUUACCAGAGAGGAGGUCGCGAAACACAACAAGCAGGGCGACCUGGUGCGUCAAUCCCGCACACGCCGUCGAGCGAGAUCACCUAUUGUGCUAGUGGGUCGUCAUCGACUCUAAGGUCUACGACCUCUCCAAGUUCGCGGCGAUCCACCCGGGCGGCACGAGCGUUCUGCUCGACGAAGAGGUUGCCGGGCAAGACGCGACGGAAGCGUUCUUCGGCCUGCACCGCCAUGAGGUCCUGCUCAAGCCUUCCUACGCACGGCUCCAGAUAGGAGCGAUCGCCGGGGAGGAGCAAGCCAUCUUCCCGCGCGCCCUCGGCGCAUUGAGCAACGUCCCGUAUGCAGAGCCGACCUGGUUGACCCCGGGCUACCACAGUCCUUAUUACACCGAGGGACACCGGAAAUUCCAGGCUCAGGUGCGGAAGUUCUUCGAGGAGGUCAUCCUGCCGGACGCGAUCUUGCACGAGGAAGACGGGAAGCGUCCUUCCCAGUCCGUAUUUGACGCCAUGACCGCCGUGAACCUCUAUGCUAUGCGAUUGGGCCCUGGACCUCAUCUCAAAGGCCGUGUUCUGAUGGGCGGGACAGUCAAACCUGAAGAGUUUGACUACUUCCAUGAACUCAUCAUGGCACAAGAAUGCACACGUUUCAACUCGCGCGGGUAUCAGGAUGGCUUGGGGGGCGGAACAUACAUCGGUCUUCCUCCUAUCAUCAACUUCGGACAACCCGCUAUACGGGACAAGAUCGUGGCCGAGGUUUUCGCCGGCCAGAAGUUCGUGUGCUUGGCAAUCUCAGAAGCCUUUGCCGGCUCCGAUGUAGGCAAGUGAAGUGCUGUUCCGAGGCUUCUAAAGCAUUGAGCGUGCUUUAGCCGGACUGAAAUGCUUCGCCAAGCGGACUGACCAAGGAUGGGUUGUCACUGGGACCAAGAAAUGGAUUACGAACGGCACUUUCGCAGAUUAUUUCACUGUCGGAUGCAAAACAGAGAAGGGGAUGGUGAUGCUUGUGAUCGAGCGCGGCCCAGGUGUGGAAACGAAACAGAUCAAGACGAGCUACAGCACGACUGCGGGAACUGCCUACAUCACUUUCGACUCUGUGCUUGUACCGUUUGAGAACACCCUCGGAGAAGACGGAAAUGGGUUGCAGGUGAUCUUGAGUAACUUCAACCACGAGCGAUGGGGGAUGGCCUGCGCCUCCAUUUCGAACCAACGUUACAUCGUCGAGGAGUGUCUGAAAUGGUCUUCUCAGAGGAAGGUCUUUGGGAAACCUCUGAACUCGCAGGCCGUGAUCCGAUCGAAACUCGCCGCGAUGAUCUCCCGAGUCGAGGCGGCUCAGGCUUGGUUGGAAAACGUCACCUAUCAGAUGUGCCACAUGAACUACAAGCAACAAUCUACCCACCUUGCAGGCCAAAUCGCCUUCCUCAAGAUGUAUGCGACGAGCACUGCGCAGCAAACGGCAGCAGACGCAGUCCAGAUCUUUGGCGGUCGAGGUAUCACUAAGACGGGAAUGGGCAAGCACAUCGAGCACUACCAUCGCACAGUCACCUUUGAUUCGGUUCUCGGCGGAGCUGAAGAUGUCCUGGGCGACCUCGGUGUCCGGCAAGCAAUGCGGAAAAUGCCCAAGAACGCCCGUCUGUGAGUUUCCCGCUGUCGGAGUCGGGCCCUAUAUAUAGCAAUAGCCACCUCAAUAUUAAAUUCUCGACGUUGCUAUGGUAAUCUGAUCUGGUUUCCCGCGGUUCGACGUAUGUCAUUCCAACAUCCCCUCUUCUUCCUGGUCCACUUGCUUGAGGUUGCUCCGACAAGAACUGGGAGCGAUCGUAUCCGUCUUGACAUCGUUUUGUCGUCCGUUCAUUAUCCUUUCCCCCACAUUCUUUCACCAGAACUUGUUGUCUACGACCCGGAACAUGCCUAUCCCCAACGUUUUCGUCCGCGAUGACUCCUCUAACUCCAACUCCACCUCUCUCGACCCGAGCGCCAUCGCUGGCAUCGGCUUGGCCGGCGCCAUAGUGCUCGCUCUCGCCAUAUGGCUCGCAAUCCGCAAAUACCGCCAGAGUGCCCAAAAGAAGCGUGAUGAGGCGCGCCUUCCCGCUUUCACUCCCGUUCGUGGAGUUUAUCGGGAGAACGAUGCCGAGAAGCAAGAUGGCCCCCAGGGUGGCUUUUCUCGGGAUCAAUUGACUCCCUCAGUCGUAUUACCCGACAAAGUUCUGACGCGUCCCAUGCGCAACGAGGAGGUGAUAGACUACCACCGUCAAUCCGGCACCUUCCCCAAGCCUUUCUCGUUCGCCCUCACGGCAGGCAGCGCUCUGCCUGUACCCGAUGACCCGCGCUCGUCCUGGAUUCGGCAUUCGUUCGCGUCGUCUGGUGGCAGCAGCAACCGUUUCUCUGUGAUGUCUUCCACCUCCUCGAUCGACUCGAACCCGACCUCCGGUACCCCUCGCAAAAUCCGCCAACAAUUCAACCCUGUGCUGCCCGACGAACUGCUCGUGAGCCUCGGGGAGCGCCUGACUGUCGUGCAGGCGUUUGACGACGGCUGGGUUGUCGUCGGACGCUCUGGGAGUGUCUUCGCCGGCGCGAAGUCUCUGUUCAAGACGUCGGCCGGUGCGCCUGCCGAGAGCGAUGUCGAGCUCGGUGUGGUCCCUGCCUGGUGCUUCAUCAAGCCCGUGAAAGGGCUGCGCGCCGAGCGCCCCGUCCGCAGCACCAGUCUGGGGAUCACGGUCCAGAUGGAAAACCCCGCGUUUGCGGCCCGAAAUGAGGUCCUCAGCUGGUCCAACUUUUAGAUUGACGGCCCGCGCCGUCGUCGGAUCACUGAGCUGGCCAGUGCACCGACAUCCAUACCCCCCACCACUCCUCUCUAGAGACCAUUUCAUCCAUUCGUGGUCAUGUCUAUUCUUCCCGCUCGCCUUGCAGCGCUGCCGCGCUUUCGACCGCCGUCUAGUACGGCCAGGUUCUCGAUCUGUAUCAUUGCCUCCCAGAUACCGCCGAGCGCAGUGCCUAGUGCAGUGCCUUGGUUAGUUAGAAACACCGUCUUGUUGUAAUUGCGGUGAUGUAUACAGUGCCUCUCCAAUAUACGGAAUUCGUCGAGGU